GUUCAGGGCCUGAGGAGUCACAUGACCGUCACCGUCCACACAGCAGUGUCGGGCGCGAGCGCUGUGGAGUCUACGAAGUUUAUUUUAUAGAAAAUAAGUUAUUAAACCUCGACCUACAAAGAAACACCAUGGCGGCCACAUCGUUUGUGAUAGCUAUGUCAGUUAUGACUUUGUUUUGGGGUCUUAUUGGAGGAGUUAUUCCCUGGUUUAUCCCUAAAGGACCGAAUCGAGGAGUCAUUGUGACAAUGCUGGUCCUAACUGCAGUCUGUUGCUACCUUUUCUGGCUGAUUGCUAUUCUGGCACAGCUGAAUCCGUUGCUUGGACCAGUACUGACCAACGAUACCAUCUGGUACCUCAACCAACACUGGCAGUAGUGUCCAAUUGUUUCUUCACAAAGCAGAUGCUGGAAACUUGUAAAUUGCCAAAAACGUCAGUAAACUCUAUUUAACUGAAGCUUUAAAUGCUGUUCUCUUAACUCAAAGAAUGACCACCAAGAAAUUUUGUGUUGUUUUUAUUAAUUUGAUCUUUUGUUCUAGGAAUUGCAAUUAAAUCUUGUGUUUUUGUCUUUAUGUGUGUAUAUGUACAUCACCUUUGUCUGUGUAUAGUUUGAGUUUAAUGACCUGAUUAAUGUUGGAAGAAUUAACACGUCCCAUUCAUACAUGUAUGAUUUCAAAUGUCAAAUAAAAUUAAGAAUGAGAA